UCGGCGAGAGAUUACGGUGUCAGUAGAAGGGCUUCCGAGAAAGCGGCUCUUUCUCGAUUAAAUCCCUUAAAUUUCGCCCUUAAGACAAAUAUAGAGCUCUUUACUAAAUAAGGAAGAUACGAAGUAGAUUAUUCGUGUCGUAAAAGAAAGGACUGACUGUUCUUUCUUCUGUCGUGUCGCCUUUCUUCCUCCUUCCUGUUUCUUUUGUUUAUGUCCUGCAGUGUUCUGCUGCACGGCGGAGAUUACAUCGCUAACGUGAAUAAACGAUAGAGUGAAUCGAGAUAAAACGAAAGGCAGAUAAUAACGUAUAGAGGCUAUCUCGUCAUUUUCAUCCGUCUACAAGUCUGUGGCGUCCAGCUGGACCAGGAGCGAGAGUCUAAUGCCCCCGGAGGAUGAGCCCAGCCAUCGAGGUGAUGCAGACAGAGCCGCAGGGGUAUUUGGGGAAAGGGGUGCUCCUUGAACCCUUUGUGCACCAGGUGGGGGGACACUCCUGUGUGCUCCGCUUCGGGGAGCAGACGAUAUGCAAGCCCCUCAUCCCCCGGGAGCACCAGUUUUACAAGAGCCUCCCUGCGGCUAUGCGGAAGUUUACACCGCAAUAUCGAGGUGUGGUGUCGGUGAGUUUCGAGGAGGAUGAGGAAGGAAAUUUGUGUCUCAUUGCAUACCCUCUGCACAGUGAACUUGGGGAUUUGGAGAACGUGGACCCCUCGGCUGACCUGGAACCCAAUAACAAAAUAAAAUGGGUCAGUAAGAUGCUGCUGGACAAUGAGGGCUACAGCAAAGAGCGGUCCAGACACACUCGGAAGGAUAAGGACAAGAGUGUGAAACGUGAGGAGGAGCUGGAGUGGCUCAAGCAGGCCGAGGUGUUCUACUACAGCCUGGAGAGGAGCAAUGCUGCCGGCCCACAGCUCAAGCACAACCCCUGGAGCCUCAAGUGCCACCAACAACACCUGCAGAGGAUGAAGGAGAACGCAAAACACCGUAACCAAUACAAAUUCAUCCUACUGGAGAACCUGACAUGGCGCUACACAGUUCCUUGCGUGCUUGAUCUAAAGAUGGGCACGAGGCAGCACGGGGACGACGCCUCUGAAGAAAAGAAGGCCGUCCAGAUCCGCAAAUGUCAGCAGAGUACGUCCGCCAGCAUCGGAGUCCGCCUCUGCGGCAUGCAGGUCUACCAUUCAGACACAGGGCAGCUCAUGUUCAUGAACAAGUACCACGGCCGUAAGCUGACCCUGUCUGGCUUCAAAGAGGCCAUCUUUCAGUUCUUCCACGACGGGAGGCGCCUAAGACGCGAGCUCCUGUCGCCGGUGCUGCGAAGGCUGCGGGACAUGCAAGCAGCCCUGGAGGCCUGCGAAAGCUACCGCUUUUACUCUAGCUCGCUCUUGAUAAUAUACGACGGAGACCCUCCGCGAUCACGCCACUCCGCAGAGGAUGGGCUUUCGGAAGAGGAGGAAGAAGAAGAUGACGAUGAGGAGGAGGAAGAAGAGGAGGAAGAAGAGGAAGAAGAAGAGGAGGGCGGUGCUUUUGGAUUCCCUCACGGCGCAAGUGCGGCCAGCAGCAGUAGCAAUAGCGGCGCUUGUGGCGGCAGCGGUAGUGGCACCAGCAGCUCCGCUGUGGUGCGACGCAUGGCCAGGUCAGACAGCGGCCCGGUAGUGGACGUUCGCAUGAUUGACUUUGCCCACACCACGUGUCGGCACUACGGCGAGGACAGUGUAGUCCACGAGGGCCAGGAUAGCGGUUACAUCUUCGGAUUGGAAAAUCUCAUCACUAUCAUUUCGCAGCUAGAGGACCACAGCACAGAUUAAACCGCAGCUUGGCAUGGCAUAAGAAUGGGAAAAUGUUUCUUUAUGUUUCUCUUCCUCGUUCUUUCAGUCCCUCAGUAAAAAAUCUGAAAGCUCCACCUGUUCAGUUGUUUUCAGUGUCUGAUUUUUGUGCCCGUAGAGGAUUUAAAAGGGUCGGAAAGCUAACGUUGAGACGUCACAUGAUCUGCUUCCUCCAUCUUUAGUAGCUUUACUCACUUCCCCUGAUGUACUGUUACAACGUUGCUGCCGUUCCCUUUUUCGUUUUAUUUAUUGAGAAGACAAAACGGUUGUUUGCCGAAAAGGACCUGAUUUCGUUCACGUGCUCAUUCCUUGAAGGUUCCGGAACUUUGAUUAGAUUCCGAGCACUCUUUAUUGGAAGAAGGAAUAGUAGGUGGCGAAAAGAAAGACUGUUAAUGCUCUCCAGCAACCUCCCCUUGCACCUUUACCCCUUGUGAAGAGACAACUAUAUUCAGAUAGUUAGUUGACAUACAGAGACUAUAAUAAAGCUUUAUUUAUUUGUCAUAUUUCCUAAAUAAACUAAAAAGAAAAAACAUUGAAAAAGUGAAUGGAGAUUCGAAAACUACAUUCCAUGUUAUUAAUGUUACAAUAAUGAUAUUAAUAAAUAUUAUUAUUUGACAUGUUCAGAUACCUCUAUCUUAUAUCUGUUGUACACGGUAUGUUGGAGGAAAAAUAAAACUUGUUUGUGUUAAAUUCUG